UUGAAUCGCACGUUAAAUUAAGUCGAAAGAGUGAAGCAUCGGUUGAAAGCGACAGGGUAUUGAAAUUCUUUAUGGACGAACUGCGUGUAAUCCGUGCCAGCGUCCAGGCUUCAAUGAAAAAUACAUCAUACAAUGUUACGGUUAGUUAUUAGUCCAAAUGGGUGCUGGACGUUUCGUGCCACUACCAGUUCGUGCCACUGAUAUUUGUGUAGGAGGGCAUUGGACGUUUCGUUCCACUGAUAUAUAAGCGGAUAGGUGUGAAAAAUACCGUAUAGGUGUGAAUCAUAACGGGUAACUUUCGCACCUUUGAUUGUAACAUCUGUUCAAUGUUAAAUCAACAUUGUUUUAUUUCAAGAUUAUUUAUUCAUUUUAAAAGUAUUCUGCGAUUUCAAGAUUUAUUUUUAAUUACAUGAACAAAAAUGUUUAAGAGUCAAUUUACAUGCUUCUUAUAAUACAUUAACAAUAUCUAGAUUGAUAACAUAAAUAUAUUCAAACAUUUUCAAUAAAUUUACAUUACCGGUAUAUUAUUACAAGAAACGAAACAAGAUUUACUAUACUCUUUUAUAUUAUACAUUAACAAUAUCAAAAGGGAAUGCAUACAUACAUUUUAACAAUAUCUAGAUUGAUUACAUAAAUAUAUUAAAACAUUUUCAAUAAAUUAACAUUAUAUUCAUUACACAGUUUGAAUCAUCAUUAAAGCGGUGAGUUGUUUACUAAUUGGUUCGAGUCGGUAAUUCAUUGUUUGCUAAUAACUUAAAGGCACUUACCGCAAAUUGAUAGUUUGUGAGUCGAUAGUAAAGCAUAAGCUUUUCCUACAAGUAAAAGACCAACUUCAUUUUAUUAGGUCUUUAUUGAAUAAAAUGUAUUAUUGUUCAUUUGUGUUAUAUUAUUAUUUAUGUAUAUAGUGCAUACACAUGAAGCAUAAAAAAUAACAGCACUUCAUGUUUUAUAUUUUUUAAACAUAAUGAACUAUGCACAAAUAUUAUUUUAUUUUAUUUUUACAUACACAUACCCGGUACACAUGAUGCAUAAAAAUUAAAAACACUUUAUGUUUUAUAUUUAUUGAACAUAACGAACUAUGUACACAUAUUUGUAUACUAACAAUAAAUCAUUUUAUUUUUGUUAUUUAUAAUUAUAAUUGUUAACAUUGUUGGAAUUUUCUACAUUAAUGUACACCCCAAUAUCAUUCACACCUAUAUGGCAUUAUUCACACCUAUCUGCCUAUAUAUUAUCAGUGGGACGAAACGUCUACCCCUUUUCCACACAAAUAUCAGUGGCACGAACUGGCAGUGGCACGAAACGUCCAUAAACCGUCCAAAUAAUUAGACGUAAGCUACCCCGCUUAUGCAAAUCGACCUCAUAUUUAUAGGAGUAGAUUCACCUUGAACCAGAGGACAAUGGCGUGAUACAAUCAUCGACGUGUCAGUGUCCAAUGAGGGAAUUCAAAUGUCAUCAUGUGGCUGCUGCUUUACUGUUUGGAUACAAGAGAGCGAGCAAAACUGACAUUAAGUGUUCCUGGAUCAAGCGUCCGAAAUCCGCACCACCCAAGAAAACUGUGACGAUGGCUGAAAUGUAUCCACCAAAUCAGCCUGGAUACAGGGCUCUAAACAGAUCUGUCUCAGAUGAUGACAGAACUUUUAUUUAUAAACAACUUGGACAGUUGGGUCGCUUUACAGCUCUGCAUUGGAUUAUGGCAGAGGAGCCACAGACACCGGAUGUACCAGUGCCUCUCCUGGAUGACUUGAUGAUCCAUCCUGAAUAUCUGGGAGCUGAGGACCCCCGCACAUGGCUGAGACGACAGUUGCUGGUGUCGCACGAAAAGGUCAACCAAACAGCUGCAGCAACUAUUGGACAGAGGGAAAAUGCCUUAUGGGCAGCUGUUCGCAAGUUGAGAUUUACCGCCUCUAACUUCGGACAUAUCUUGUCAGCGUUUGACAAAAAAAAACUGACAGUGUCCUUGAAAAAAAGACUUCUGAGCGCGUAUAACCUGGAAAAAAGGGCACCUGUGCAGUGGGGGGUAACACAUGAGCAGGUGUGCAUAGCUGAAUACUGUAAGGUUGGAGGAGUCGCUGUACGCCCGACAGGAAUUUGGCUGCAUGAGUCUGGUGUCUUGGGUGCAUCACCAGAUGGUUUUGUCGAAGGCGUGUUUAGGGGUUUAGUUCAUCAACAACAUGGACAAGCAACAUGUAGUGCAGACAUCAUAGAAGUAAAGUGCCCCUACACUGCCAGAGACAUGACUAUCCAGGAGGCGUGUUCAUCUAUCAAGGAUUUCUACCUAGAUCAAUCUUCUGAUGGACGGCUUUCCCUCAAGCAAGCCCACAACUACUGGCAUCAGAUUCAAGGACAGCUACACAUAACGGGAACUAAUACAUGCGAUCUUGUUGUGUGGACAAAUAAAGACUUGCAAGUGAUCAGAAUAGCAAAGGAUCAUUUGUGGUCGGUCAAUCUGUCAAAAAUGAUUGAUUUUUAUUUUUCGAGCUUUUUACCAUCACUAUACGAAUAAAGGUUACAUUAAAUCUGAGAUGUUAUUACUCCAGGACUCCAGGGGUCAGUGGUUCGAUCCCAGUUGAGGACUACACCUUUUGUUUUUAUUCAUCUUUUUGUAACUGGAGCUUUUUAGAUCCAAAGUUUACAUUUAUCAAUGUUAAAGCAUUGAAUGGCAAACUUCAACACGUGCCAAAAUCUGUGAAAAGGCCCCUUUGAAGAAAUAUGUUAAUACAUGUACUACCAAUUAGUUGGUUAUUUAUAUAUUGUUUAUAUAAAGAUAACUGAACCAUUUUGUGACAGUACAGAUAUUCUUUAAUUCUACAUUUUCAGCAGAAUGUUGUUUUUAUGUCCCCCAACACUAUAUUGGGGGACAUAUUGUUUUUGCCCUGUCUGUUGGUUGGUUGGUUUGUUUGUGCAAACUUUAACAUUUGCCAUAACUUUUUCAAUAUUGAAGAUAUCAACUUCAUAUUUGACAUGCAUGUGUAUCUCAUGGAGCUGCACAUUUUGAGUGGUGAAAGGUCAAGGUCAUACUUCAGGGUCAAAUAAAUGGGGACAUAGUGUUUCACAAACACAUCGCUCGUUUUCAUUUGUUCAAGUCGUAAGUAAUGCAUGCUUUUCAACAGCAGCUUUAUCAUGGUCAACUGAGUUGCCAUAAUCAAUAAAAUGUAAUUGUUUUUA